ACUUUCCAUACAAGGUGGAAUUGGAAAUCUGUGCGUGCUAUUGGUUGGUCAUCUUUUACACGUCAACAAAUAUUACAACCAAAAUUGAAGAAGAAAACAAACUUUUUGCAGUAUAAAGUGGAAGCCAUUAAUACAGAAGAGUUCAUACACAAAGUGAUAAAGAAGGCUGAGGGUUAGCAGAGAAACAUGGAAUCUGGAAAGAGGAGUACUCUGGCUCUGCUACCACUCUUCCUUUCUUUCCUGUUUUACUUUGAUUUCUCAAAAAAGCUUCCCUCAAGCGACUGCAGCCUUCUGCCUCAUAAUCACUAUUGGAUAUCCAGCAAACGUAUUGUGACUCCAAAUGGAACAAUUUCUGGUGCAGUUGAGAUAAAGGAAGGGAGAAUUAUAUCUGUUGUUGCUGAAGAGAAUUGGCAUGUAAAUUCUUCGUUUACCACAGUGGUCAAUUAUGGGGAGUCUGUUGUCAUGCCUGGAUUUAUUGAUGUGCAUGCCCAUCUUGAUGAUCCUGGAAGAUCAGAAUGGGAAGGGUUUCCUUCAGGAACAAAAGCAGCUGCUGCAGGUGGAGUAACCACAUUAGUUGACAUGCCUCUUAAUAGUGCUCCAUCAACAGUUUCUGAAGAAACUUUAAAACUUAAGGUCCAGGCUGCAGAAGGGAGGGUCUACGUGGAUGUUGGUUUCUGGGGAGGUUUGGUUCCAGAAAAUGCAGAAAAUGCAAGUUCUCUGGAAAGACUUCUAAAUGCAGGGGUUCUGGGAUUGAAGUCUUUUAUGGUGCCAUCAGGCAUCAAUGACUUUCCCAUGACAACUGCAUCCCACAUAAAGGAAGCACUCCCAACUCUGGCUCGAUACAAAAGACCCCUACUUGUUCAUGCCGAAGUGCUACUAGAUCUUGAUGGAAAAGUGGAGCUGGAGGAUGGGGUCGAGAAUGCUAGAUCAUACUCUACAUAUCUCAAGACCAGGCCUGCUUCAAUGGAAGAGGCUGCUAUCAAUCAGCUCAUAACACUGUCAAAGGACACGAGGGCUGGUGGUUCUGCUGAAGGAGCUCAUCUCCAUAUUGUUCAUCUAUCUGAUGCUAGAACUUCACUAAACCUCAUUAAGGAAGCCAAACAAAGGGGUGAUAGCAUCACCGUUGAAACUUGCCCCCAUUAUCUCGCUUUUGCAGCUGAAGAUAUUCCUGAUGGAGAUACUCGGUUUAAGUGUGCUCCACCCAUCCGUGAUGCAGCCAAUAAAGAAAAACUAUGGGAUGCGUUACUGGAUGGAGAUAUUGACAUGUUAAGUUCUGACCACUCACCUUCUGUGCCAGAAAUGAAACUCUUAGAUGAGGGUGACUUCUUGAAAGCAUGGGGUGGCAUAUCUUCUUUACAGUUUGUUCUACCCGCGACAUGGACACAUGGGCGCAAGUAUGGAAUAACAUUUGAGCAGUUGGCUUCUUGGUGGAGUGAGAAUCCUGCCAAACUUGCUGGUCUAACGACUAAGGGGGCAAUUGCUGUAGGUAACCAAGCAGAUAUAGUUGUCUGGGAGCCAGACAUGGAGUUCGACCUGGAUAAUGACUACCCUGUACAUAUUAAGCACCCUAGUAUUUCUGCAUACAUGGGAUCAAGACUCUCUGGGAAAGUUUUGGCAACCUUUGUACGCGGAAAUCUGGUAUACAAGGAGGGAAAUCAUGCUUCUCAAGCAUGUGCUCUCCCAAUUCUUCAUAGAUAGUUAGUGCUACAAGCCUAUUGGUUGUCCCUUUGACAUUCUUGGAGACGACCACAUGGCAUGACACAUGUAGAUGGAAUUGAUAACUUCAUCAUUCAGAUCAAAGCCAAACUUUGCAUGGAUCUAAGUUGUUCAUCGUCUUCACUCUUCUUUUAGGUGUGCAACAGGGCUGGAGUGUAUAUAAUCUGUUGCAGGCCCUUAGUUGAUAGUCAUUGGAUAUUUAACUCUGUAGAAAAUAAAUAUUUCAAUUGAAGCUGAAAGCUCUUGUUGUUGAUGAAGUACACAUUAAGAAUUAAAUUCAUCUUCAUAAUUUACAAAUGCCAUGAGAAACUAAUAUCAA